GUGAAAAUUGUUUAGCAGCUCAUAUAUAAGAGCAUUCAGAGAGAUCACUAGUGGAAGGAAGCAGCAAUGAAAGGGUGUGUGCCGAGCGCCGCGUGUCUCCUCAUCUGGGUGACUGUCGUUAUCUGCGCUGAAGACGCCUGUCCAGACGUGAAGGUCAUCGGAGUGGGAGGAUCAGAAAAGUUGACCAUUUUAAGAGGAUGCCCGGGAACCCCCGGUGCCCCCGGUCCCCCCGGACCAGCUGGACCAAAAGGUGACAGCGGACCCCCAGGAAUCCCUGGAAAGAUGGGGCCACAAGGAGUCAGAGGGGAUCCAGGAGUUUGCGCACAGAACACCGCUCAGAGCUGUGCGGAUCUGCUGGACGGGGGUCUGGUUCUUACCGGGUGGUACACGAUCUAUCCUCCAGGGUGCGCUCCUCUCACCGUGCUGUGUGACAUGGAAAGCGAUGGAGGUGGCUGGAUAGUGUUUCAGAGGCGCAUGGAUGGUUCUGUGGAUUUCUUUAGAGACUGGAAGGAUUAUAAGAAAGGAUUCGGACGUCAGAGCAGUGAAUUCUGGUUGGGGAACGACAACAUUCAUUGCCUGACUAAAGCAGGAAAGUUUCAGCUCCGGGUUGACUUGACAGAUUUUUCGAACACUCGCACCUACGCCGCGUUCAGUGAUUUCACCGUAUCCGAUGAGGCGCACAACUACACCCUCGGUCCCAUCCAGUUUGUGGGGGGAUCUGCAGGGGACUCCCUCACCUACCACAAAAACAACAAUUUUUCAACAAAAGAUCGCGACAACGACAUAGCCGGCCAUAACUGCGCCGCGUCCUACCGCGGAGGCUGGUGGUACGGCGCCUGUCACGACUCCAACCUCAACGGACUGUACCUAAAGGGGAACCACAGCAGCUACGCCAACGGGGUGAACUGGCUGAAAGGGCGCGGGUACCAUUACUCGUACCAAGUGUCCGAAAUAAAAUUCCGACCUCAGCUCUGAGAUGAUCACUAGAGGGAGCUCUAACCCCUGGAGAGAAAACAAGACGUCACUUUAUGCUGUGGAACGGUCACAGAUUUGUUGCUGAUUUUCCCCACUCUUAUAUAAUGAAGUCGAAAUCCGCAACUGACCAUCGUGAUCUGGAUCCGAGGAGAAAACCGCAGCAUUUUGGGUUGUUCGGAAAAAAUGUGAUGCAGAUUUCGAUUCCGCCAUUAAAGUCAAUAUAAAAAAAAAAUGCAAUUUCUGCUGUAAAUCUGCUACAUGUGAACUGAGCCUAAAGGGCCUUCCUUUCCUACAGGGGGUGGGAACGUACAGCACCAAGAAGGUCCCCCCCCCCCCCCCCAUCCCCU